AUUGGUGAGCUCGCUGGUGAUUAUUGUUGCAAUGACCGAAAAACAGAUCAAACACGCACACGUAUAGAGAGCUGGUCGUGCUGCAGAUCGCAGCAACGUCAAACGAUGUGAGUUGUUGCUCAGGAUGCUGUUAGAAAUCCCGCAUCGAACCGUGGCUUAUCAGUGUUGCCUGUGUUGUCCCUCUCUCCGUUGUUGGUGAUGUGUGUUGGUCGAUCCUAUUGCACAACUGAGCAGGCGCUAUUUCAACAUAGUUUGCAACGCAAACGCAAAAGAAACUCCACCGUGGACUUCAAACGGCGUCCCCGGAUCCUAAAUAUCGCUGAAGUUUUGUUUUUGGACGGACGACGGGAAAUACCUGCCCAACGGCAUAAACACACACACCAAGGCGGUCGACGGUGUCUCGUGCAGUAACUGCAUCGAUCCAGGUCGUGUCGCUCAGUUUCAUGCGGUGGCUGGUGGCGAUUGGUGGUGAAUGUGCGCGCGCGCACGUCUAUAGUCGAACGGGCCAGAUCAGGCCAUCUCCGGUGUGACAGUACCGCGUGUUCCAGCGAAUGUCAAGUGCCGGUGGCGUUGCCUGGACUUUUUGAGUGUCAUUCGAGGUGACGGGAUCGUGUUACGUGCGGCGAUGGAUCGACGAUUCAGUGCGUUCGUGCUGCUGCUGGUCAGCUUGUCCAGUGUUGUCGUGCUGGCUGCUCCCUCCCCGGACACCAUCUUCAUGGACACUGUUCUUUACGAGGGUGACAAGUGUGGUCUGCCCGGAACGCGGACAGGCAUCUGCCGGAAGGCGGCCCUGUGCCCGCACGGUAUACGCUCGAACGGUGCCCGCUGCGAGUUCAGUGGGAACGAUCCAGUGGUGUGCUGUCCGGACACCACGCAGAGUACCGGCGACGCUACCAGCAAUCGUAUUACGAUCCGCAUCGCCAAGCAGGAGUGUGAACGUUUCAGUAGCGGAUCGACACACCUUACCGAUCAUGUGUCGGGCCGGCGGCUGGAGGCGGACCGGGGCGAGUUCCCGUUUAUGUCGCUGGUGGUAUUCGGCGGCGAGAAUUCGGAAGGUACACGGUGCGGUGCGUCACUGAUUGCGCCAAGGUUUCUGCUGACGGCGGCCCACUGCUUCCGGGACGCGUCGCCUGCGAAGGUGUACCUGGGCAUCAUCCUGCCGAACGAUGCGGAAAAGGACGAGUACUUGGUGCGGCAGCUACACACGCACGAGGAGUACCGCUCCCGGCGGAAUGAUAUAGCGCUGCUGGAGCUGGAGAAGGAUGUCGUGUUCAAGCGAGACGUUAGCCCGGUCUGUCUCAACACGGACGUUAGCGAGAUUGGACCGACGGUGAACCUCACAGUGAUGGGUUGGGGCAGCGAUGGAAAUGGUAUGCGAGCCGACAAACUUUGGAAGGCGGUGGUCAACGAGAUACCGCUGGACCAGUGCAAACAGAUGUACCGAUCCGCCAACCUGUCCGUCAGCAUUACCGACGAUCAGCUCUGUGCGCUGGGCGAAAUCUGGCAGGAUGAGUAUACGGACGCGUGCGAGGGCGAUUCCGGUGGCCCGCUGGUGAUGCGCGUUCGACAAAAGUUCUACAUCGUCGGGGUGGUAUCGACCGGUGCGCCCUGCGGUGGUCAAAUUCCCGGCCUAUACACCCGUGUCACCCGCUACCUGGACUGGAUUGAGCAACGUGUCUGGGGCGGCAGCCAGAGCUGAGAAACCGCGGAACCCCGGUCUGUUGCCAGUUGAACCUAGCGAUAAUGUACGAUUAGCUAUAAUACGGAUAGCGCAACUUGUCUGGCGACAAGCAUCCAGUCCAGAUGCACGAAAUGUUCCGCUAGCCUACUAGUAGUGCUAGUAGUCGCCGUACACACUACCAAACACUCGAUUAUUUUGAGCGAAGAUGCGAGGAGACUGCGAGACAGGAAAAUGGGACAUGUGAUCUAACUCCUGACUUUGUCGCAUACAAAUAUUCCUUUUCGGGGGGGUGUUUAUUUUUUUUAUACGUGAACAUAUACAUUCAACAAUAAAAAAAAUCAUAAUUUAGUCGAAAUUGUUUAUCUUCUUUUGUAAGUAUACACACACAAUUUUAUUUUUGCCAGGGUUAUUAUUUUUGACAGAACUUUGAAAACACCGAAUAGAUAUUUAAUACAAAAACUCUUCAAAGACGAAUAUUUUGUUUUUGUGAUCCCGGAGCUAGUAAAUGUUAAUGGUUUUAGAAUUGGAUUGCAUAUAUUGUAAUCUGCGCUUGCUCUAACUAUGGCAUCAUUCUUAAAAGUCUCCGAUGGAAUCCUGUUGAGCAUGAUCUAUCUCUGGAGGCCAAAGCAGUAGUAGCGCCGGUUCGUCAUUCGGUACGACCAAAUCCCAUCCGGGAUGUUUCUCCGUGUGCAGGACUGACUAUCCAACUACGAGUAAUACUAAGGCAGGAGUCGCUAGGAUCUGACGGAUCAGGUCGGAUGGCAGUUUUGAUUGUGUGACCUCAUUCGAAUAGGACUAAUCAGUGACUACGGUCUAAAUUAUGGAAGUCAGUAUUGGUAGCCAACAACAACUAAGAUCUCUGGAGGUUGUAGAGCCACACACAGGAAGAAGCAACAAUAAAACUCUGGUAUAAUGCGUGGAGAAGUACGUACGAAGAAAAACUCAACGGUUAGUAAUCUAUUCUGAAGCCUAUUUCGUAGUGGCGCCAUCUAGAGGGCUUCACUGGUUCAAAAAAAAAAUCCGUUACGCUUAACAUCGUUAAACUUGAAAAGUAAAAUAAAACUAUUGCUGUUCGGGGGUGUUAAAUGUUCUUUAAACUGCA